UCGCGCUCCAGCAUCCUCCUCAUAUCCACCAACUUCCCCAGCCGAGGAGCCAGCAACGCACACUCGAAAGCGCAGAGUUUCAGCUGUGCGUGCUGCGUCUGCUUCAAGGCCUUUGUCUCCUCCUCUGUCUCCUCUCCCGUCGCCCCCCUCGCCGCCCCCGCCGGGCCUCUGCUCGAUUUCCCCUUCUUUCCACCGAUUUCGAUUCGCCUUCCAUUUCAUUGCCUGGCUGAUCGACCAUUGGGAUAUCCAGCCAGCGCUCGUGCGCCUCUAGGAUACGAACCAUUCGGUAAACGAGACUCCGAUACGCCUUCAUAUGGGAAAUUGAAGGGGCUUCUCUGGAAGGCUCACCCAUCGCUUUUCUACCAGCUCGCAAACGCCGCCCUUCCAUCAUCCAUUGACGUUCUCAUUACGCAUCUCUGCCCGACAGCCCAUCAUGUUUUUCCUCUACAACAUGGAGCGGAGGGUCACCCUCCACCCGUCCUACUUCGGCCGUAACAUGCACGACCUUGUGACCAGCAAACUGCUGAAAGAUGUCGAAGGUACCUGCGCCGGCAGCUACUACAUCAUCUCCAUCAUGGACACCUUCGACAUUUCCGAAGGCCGGAUCUUACCGAGCAAUGGUCUCGCAGAGUUUACCGUUGGAUACCGCGCGGUCGUAUGGCGGCCAUUCAAAGGAGAGACGGUUGAUGCCGUUGUCUACUCCAUCAAUCCACAGGGUUUCUUCGCCCAAGCUGGUCCCCUCAGACUGUUUGUGUCUGCUCAUCUGAUACCCAGCGACAUCAAAUGGGACCCCAAUGCGACACCCCCACAGUUUACUAACAACGAAGACACUGUCAUCGAACCGGGUACGCAUGUGCGUGUCAAGAUUAUCGGUACUCGAACAGAAGUCGGCGAAAUGUGGGCUAUCGGGAGCAUCAAAGAGGAUUAUCUUGGAUGCCUUCAAGAUUAAUGGAUUAUAGACAUUCAUUCAUCUCGAUACACUCCCCCAGCUUGAGCAUGGCGGAUGCUUUUCCGCUUCUAUGAUCUCUGGGCAAAAUUACUAAAGAUCAGCUCGCGGCAGGGUCAAUGUUCAUAGGAAAAUAGGCGACUCGUGCACGUGGAAUACCGGCACGACGCCCUUUUCUUGAGAUACAACCGCAAAGAGGAUCCGACGCGUGUGUUCAAAGAUGCCCUUUUCUUUUCGAUAGAACCACGGACGCGAAACCCUCCUUCUCGCAAAUUAGAUUACAAGACUAGACUGAACUAUAAUCAAAGGCUUUUUUUUUUCUGGCGCAAUAAAAUGGCAAAAACAACCAAUUUGAAGCAAAUUGACUUUUAUAUGUAAAUACCAAUGCAAUCUAAUAGAUCAACGCACAUGACUUG